AUGGCUGGACAAAUACCAGAACCCAAUCAGAUAAAACAGUUCAAAGAAUUUCUUGAAACCUACAAUAAACUUACAGAAACCUGCUUUAUGGACUACAUUAAAGAUUUCAAAAGAGAUUUCACAAGAGAGGUAAAGCCUGAAGAGACUAGCUGUUCAGAAAAUUGUUUACAGAAAUAUUUUAAAAUGACAAAAAGAAUAUCCAUGAGAUUUCAGGAAUACCACAUCCAGCAGAAUGAAGCACUGGCAGCCAAAGCAGGACUCCUUGGAUAA